AUGUGUCAGACUUUUGUUGACCUAUUUGGAUUGAGAAUGUUUGUUUCCUGCAUAGGAUUCGUAGGGAAUAUGUUUCUCAUUGUUUCCAUUUUCAAAACCAAAGUAUCAAACAUUAAAUCUUUUGAGCUUUUUCUCCUGGGACUCGCUUCAGCCAACCUAGAAGAAAUUGCCAUCAUAAACAUCUAUGACGUUGACAUUCUUGAGACUUUUUCCACAACCAGCACCUGGGUGUGUCGUCUUCUUAAGUUCAUGACUACUUUUGGCGAAAUUGCCAGCAUCUUCUUCACUGUCGUCAUUAGCAUCUACCGCUACCAGAAGCUGAGAGACAUCAACAGCAGGGGCAGUCUCCCGAUUUGCCUGGACAGCAUCAUAUCUGCCUGGAUGUUGAGUGGAGUUUGUGUGAUGAUUUCCACCCUCCUCAGUCUACCAAUGUUAGUCAUUAGUGUUCAAGGAUCCGUAGAAAACAUCACGGAAAACCUUGGCAGCUGCUCUACUGAUUUUUUUCACUGUGGUGAGAAUUAUUGUCCCACCCGCAACCAAGUGUAUAAAUACUUGAUCAUGCUCCUGUGCCACCUGCUGCCCCUAAUCAUUGUCACCAUCACCAGCUGCCUGACCAUCACGGUGCUCCUGAAAAAGAGGAAUACAGUGACGCCGCAGAAUGGUGUUAGAUACCCUAACCACCACAGUGGGGAAAGUCAUGGACUUCAUCGAAGUACAGUGGCUGUGGUGGCAGCCAUGGGAUUAUUUCAGGUAGACUGGAGUCUUUAUCUAAUCCUUCAGUGGACUUUUAGCCUGAGUGACUGUCCUAUUUGGUCUGAAAUUGAGUUUUUUAUCUCAACAUCCUAUGUGUCUAUUAGUCCAUAUGUGUAUGGCAUAGGAAGUCAUUUGUUUUCACUUGGGAAAUGUAAACAAUUGCUUAGGCUUUAA